AUGGCGUCCCAGCAGCAGCCGAGUCUGCACUUGCGACGGACUCGCCAACAUCUGCUCCUGCACAACACUGUGACAGGUGAACUUGUCAAGCUGGAUUACCUGGAUGCCGAAUGGCAUGAUGGGCCCGGAUUGACGAUCCGGUUCACGAGAGAGGAUGGGUCAACGGGGGAAUGUUCCGCCACAGAGCUUCUUCAAUGGGAGAAGCGGGGACCCAUACUGAGGAACCACCAGGACAACUGCGACGAAAUUUGGUCAACAGCUGUCAACACCUUCAAAGCUGUGGCUGUGGUAGUGCCUGCACACCAAGGACGACAGUUUCCCUGUGAGUUGUUUGCAUACAGAGUGCCAAGAGGAGAAGGCACGGGGACCUUGUAUCCCCAUCUCCGGUGGCUCGUCGCAUUUUGCGGAGGCCACCAGAACAAGAACUUCGUGGGAUGCAGUGCGGACUCCUGGGAGUACAAGCUUGGGAGCUACAUCCAGGCCUUGCACGACAACAGCCUUUCCUCAGAGGAUCUCAAGGCGAAGAUCCAGAGUCACAUUGUUGCCAGCCGGAAGGCAGAAACUUCGAAGGCAGCGGCAAGCCGCAAGCGGAAGCAGGAGCCGGGGGAGCCGGCGGAAGCCAGCACGGCGGCAGCAGGCGAGUAUUCCGCUUCGUUUUUCGUUCUGGGUAUGCUUCUGCUUCACUGGAGUUCACGAAAGCUGCACAAAAACAGCCAAUGGAAGCUGGGUGCAGAACACGUGAAAGCCACAGCGACCAUGCUCCUGCGAGCAUUGUGCAGAGCCUUCGUGACAGCCUCACAGGCUGUCUGCAUCAGGUCGGCCAAAGUCCAGAUUGUGUUGACCGAGGAUAACAUCCACAUGAAGUGGCACACGUUCUGCAGCAGUGACUCUUCAUUGAAAUGCUUGAAGGAUAUGUUUCCAGAAGAGCACGAUUUCUGCGAGUGCCUGCAAAUGUGCUGCCGUGAAGAGGUCAGCCCGAACAUCUCCGCAGCCAAACGAGAGAGCCUGCGGAAAGCUGUGGCUCUUUUGCUCCAGGCUUUCGCCGAUCUCGUGGAAGGCAGCAGGAUGUCCGACAUCUGGCAGGAGACCGAGCUCUGGACCAAGAAAGGCUACAAGAGGCUCAGUGGAUCACAGAAAGCUGCAGUGCUGGAACAGACAAAGAAGCAGCACCUCAGAUCAGCCUCCAGUGUCCUAGCUUCGCAGGAAGGAGCUGAAGGCAAACAACGAGGCAAUCUUACCAUCCCACUGGAGAGGUAUGCCUAUGCUCAGGAAGCCAGAGCUCGCUUCGGGGAGGCUCACUGGCUGAGUUUGGCAAUCGAUGGAGUUCAGGUCGGCUCCAAGUCGUUGCUCAAUGUUUUGGCCUGGGAUGGCCAAUCUGGCUGGAGCUGCAUCUGUCCGCCUCAGGCUGGUCGGGUACAACAGAAGCUGAAGGCAAAGGCGGGCGAGGAACAGGCGGAUUGGGACCGGCUCAAAGGCAAAGCCGUCGAGGAUGUGCCUAGACAGGCUAGCCUCGCCUGGAUGCAGGAGGCGACUCAGCUUGCUGCGACGAACUUUAUGAAAGACGAAGAGCAGGGCAUCAACGUGGAGCUCAUCGCAGACCCGCAGCAUCGAAGGGGGAACGAUGCUAUGCUCGCAUUCGCGAGCUCUGGGACAUUGAGGCGUGCAAUAUUCGCCAUAGGCUUAUAUAACCUCCAGUAUGGGCCGUAUCUCAAAGGAGGGUGGCACGAGAUGUUGGUGUCGGCGGCGCAGAUGUGCUCUCAGAGUCUCUCGCCGAACGACCCGCUUCUCAAGGUGUUCUUCGCAGAGAUCCUAGCCGAUCUGGACGAGCCCGCCAGCAACGACACGGAGCAGCGGCGAGCAGCUUUCCUCAAGAGUUUGCCUUCCUUGCCUGUGGUCGCCAGCAAGGGACCGAAGGCAGCCAAGUCGCGAUUUAACUCGCUGCAGCAUGCUCAAGACCACCUGGACCCCUACUGGGCUACCUUCGCCUUUCUGUUGACCGUUGUGUGUUUGACUCAGGGCUACGUGCAGUUCGCCGACGAGCUCUGGACCCCGGACGACGUCCUCAAGGAGCUUUUGAAACCCGAGCAGUCGGGAGCAGCCGCAGCUGGCAGCUCUACGGAUGUCGGACCGACCGGCGGCACCACGAAGCAGGCUGGGAUCCGGCAAGCAAAGGAGCAGAUGAACAAGAUGCGAAGCAAAGCUGUGAAUACUCUGCACGUCUAUGCCAAGUGGAUCAAUGAUCCUGUGAACAAGUCCUAUGCCAGACUUAUGUUCUAUCUCCAGCAGCCAGAAGCCCUGGAUUCGGGGCACAUGCUCGUGCACAUGCGGUCGGAGGAAAGCACCCGAGAGUUUUUCAUGAACUGGGCAUGCUGGAGCUUUCUGAACGUGGCGAAGGACCAGUUGCUAGUCCUCAGCGACUUGCGACUCUUGAAGCGUAUCGGCUUUGACAUGCAAAGAGAUUCGGCGAGAACUCUCUCAGAGGAUUUCCUCGCACUGCAGGACGAGCUGGCGGAGAUCAUGUUUUUGGUGCUCCGCAAGCUUUUGAAGUAUCGCUUAGGCAGCAUGCUUCAGCACACGUGGAGUUUGCCCCACAAGCUCGCAGCCUUGCUGGAGAGGAAUGAUGAGAAACAAGCAGCUGCGAGAAGCUUCUUGAAGACUGUGGCCAGCACCCUGGAAGCAGUGCAGGCCAACGGAACACUUGCAGCAAAGCAGAUGCUCAAAGGGCAGCACAGUCCCAUAGGCAACUGGGCUCUGGAUCGCUUGGCGAAGGUUGAGUUCCAGACGACUCCUGCUGAGGUUUUUCACAUGGUUCGUCAGUUCUUCGGAGGCCUCUUGAACACCAAGCUCGUAGAAGACCUCAACAAACUUCAACGGGAACACGAAUGCAGAGACUCCACGAAGCAGGAGGUGAGCGAGAUGUUGAGCUGGCGGAUAGGGACACAGCAUGACCUGCUGAAGGGCUACAAGCGGAAGGAAAUCCAACCUGCCGACGUGAGAAGUCCGCCCAAGGACUACGACCCCCAGCUCCUUUUCAGGCGGCAAGUCGACAGGAUGAGCAAGGCAGAGAGGACUGAGAGAGAGGAGAAGAUCGAGAGCACCUUGAAGAAGAUCUGCGGACCGACAAAGUGGUAUGUUUGCACACCCGAAAGCCAUCAGCAGACCAUGGUGAACCUUGCCUUGUUGGUGCAUAUCAAGGAGGAGUUCGAGAAGGUGGAAUCUGCGUGGCACGGCUCUCUUUUGCCGGAGGGCCACGUGGUCUUUGCCAAGGAGACGAACAACUACAAGUUCGUGCUGCGGACGUAUCGGAAUGGGGCCUUGGUGUGGCCGAUGACCACGAAGAUCCUCGCUGAGCGGGGUGAAGGCUGCAGAGCAUGGACUUUCGACUUGGAGGUUUCGGAACUGGAGUUCCUGUUCGUCUUCGACAAGACAAGCGUCCUCGUGCAUCCGCUGAAGAUGAUGUCGCCCGUGCGAAUGUGGCUUGCACACAAGUCAUCCGGAUCCGGCGUGACUCUCACGAGCCACAAGGCAGCCUGCUCCUUGGAGUCUUUCCACACGAGCAGAGGCUUUGCCAACCUCUCGGAAGAGAUCCUCAAGCGGCUCUGCAAGGACUGGGCAGUGCCCCUUCCGAAGAGCCAAAAAGCCCUGGCGGAGACUAAGGCUCUGCGAACUGCUCUGCUCCUGAACAAGAACCCGGGUCUUGAGGCUGCGUCCGUGAAAGCCGCUGUGAUGAAAGGAGAUGGCAAUCUGGAAGGCGAAGACGAGUUCGACCUUGAAGAAGUCGAGAAUAUUUUGCAAGAUACCACAUUGGCAACUGAGAAGGACCAGAUCAUGAAGCUCAUGAAGAGCAGCACGAAGAAGAAGACAGAAGUUCAGGUCAGCGAAGCCAUGCAGAAGUGCUUCGAGGACGUGGUGGAGAAUCUGCCGCCGAACUUGAAGACAGCGAGAGCGAAGGCCCAGGCGAAAGCCAAGGCCCAGGCCAAGCGGGACUCCAAGAAGAAGCCCGCUGAGAAGGCCUCGUCAGCAGCAGCUCCUUCUGGCACUGGCGGCGGCACGAGGACGUACGAUCCUGUGCCUGCGGAGGUAGAUCGCCUCCUGCAUGCAUCCAUCCCGAUGGGAGGCAAAGUCUACACCGACGAAGACAACGGUCGGUGGAAGAUUGGCUUCAGCACGGAUGAGGUUCAUCAGCAGCGGUCGCUAAGCUGGACGACCGCUGGAGGGCCAGCUGCGGGCCUGGCAGCACUGCGGCAGCUCUGGUCCUGGAGCGAGUUGUACUCAGGAGAAAGCAUGUCGGAACAGGCCGCCAAGAAUGAAGCGGCAAUGAUUGCCGCGAGGGAGCCUGGCCCGCAAAAGACAUUUUUGUUUCUGAAAUAG